AUGGCGGAGGCUCAUCAGGCGAGAGUGCAGGCGGCGGUGGAGGACAUGGUCCAGAGUUUGGAGAGAGACCACAUCCGAAAGAUGCAGAGCCGCAUGUUCUCCUGUAGCGCCUCCUGCUGUGAUCGUUCUGAAGACUCCAUGACACAGGUGCAUCAGUGCAUCGAAAGGUGCCACACGCCACUGGCCCAGGCCCAGGCCCUGGUCAGCACCGAGAUGGAGAAGUUCCAGGACCGGUUAGCCAGGUGCACCAUGCACUGCAACGACAAAGCUAAGGAUCUGUUUGACUCUGGAGCCAAGGAGCCGGAGGUCAGGGCCCUGAUGGAGCGCUGCGUGGGAACCUGUGUGGACGACCACAUCCACCUCCUCCCCAGCAUGACGAGGAGACUCAGGGACAAUCUGGACUCUAUCAGUCAGUGA